GAGAAAAUUAAAGAAGAAAAGAUGGAGUCGGAGAUCCAGAACUUCAUCUGCAUCUGGAUUUCUGCCAUUGCAUCUUCUUGCUACUGUUAUUUCAUACCCAAACACAUCCCUAGCGGCGCCGCUCGUCUUCUCUCCCUUUUCCCCGUCAUCCUCCUCUUUAUCGCCCUCCCUUUCCGCCUCACCGUCUUCCACCUCGCCGCCCCCACCAUCUUCUACCUUGUUUGGCUCGCCAACUUCAAGCUCCUCCUCUUCGCCUUCGACCAUGGCCCUUUGUCAGGCCAUCACUACCCUCCACUGCCUCUCCUCCAUUUCGUCGCUAUUUCUCUUCUCCCCAUCAAACUCUCGCAGGUCAACGUUUCUUCUUCAGAUCCCAGGAACCCAUCAUCGUUCUUAUUUGCCGUAAAAGCCCUUCUGCUGCCUUUAAUCGUGUGGCUUUACAAGUUUAGGCAAUAUUUUAAUCAAAAUGUGGUCUUGGCUAUUUACUGCUGCCAUAUCUAUCUAGGGGUUGAGCUGGUGCUGUUUAUCACGGCGGCUCCGAUUCGAUCCGUUCUUGGGCUGGAACUCGAGCCGCAGUUCAAGGAGCCUUACUUGGCCACCUCGCUCCAAGACUUCUGGGGUCGCCGGUGGAACCUCAUGGUCCCCAAUAUUCUCCGGCCCACGGUGUACUUCCCGGUGCGGAACGUAUCGGCGAAGAUUCUGGGAAAGGAGUGGGCAAAUCUGGCGGCGAUUGUUGCCUCGUUCUUAGUGUCCGGUCUUAUGCACGAGCUGAUAUACUAUUAUCUGAGUCGGGCCAGGCCCACGUGGGAGGUCACGUGGUUCUUUCUCCUACAUGGGGUUUGUGUCGCGGCUGAGGUGAUUGUAAAGAAGAAGGUGUUGGUCGGCGAUUGGCGGCUGAAUAGGGCGUUUUCCGGCCCGCUCACUUUGGGCUUCGUGGCGGUGACCGGUAACAUGCUCUUUUUCCCGCAGAUACUCAGAAAUGGUUUAGACGUCAAGAUCAUAGAUGAGUCCUUCAUGUUGGCACGUUUUGUAAGAGACCAUCUACCAGUUUAAGACUUUUAAGUCCGGGGACCAAGAUCUUAUUAAACCAAGAGUUUCAAGCAAACAGAAGGCAGACCAAAAGAAGCUGAAGGGAAAACCAAUUCUUUUGUAGACUAAGGUAUUUAUUUUGUUGUUGAGAAUUGAACAUUCACAAAUACAGCUUAGCUAAUAUGGAGUAAAGGCUCAUAAAUAUUAUAAAUAUAAAUAGGUGGAGUUCAUUCAUACACAACCUCUGUUACUACACACAAUCAUGGCGAUUCUGCUUUGUAAAAUCUGGGAAUCGGUUAGGCGAAGCUCCUGCGGCGGUGACGAACGGCGGCGCGAUAUGAGCUUCCGCGGCGAAGCUUUUUAAUCGACAUGGCAGCUUCAAAUAUUUGGUGACAGCCUCUGUAAAAUCUGGGAAUUGGUCUUCCACAAGCGAAGCUCCUGCGGCUGUGAGCCGGUGACCAACGGCGGCAUCUAGCAACGAGCAUCCGCAGCGAAGCUUAUUGAUCGACAUGGCAGAUUCAAAUCCUUGGUGGCAGCCUCUGUAAAAUCUGGGAAUCGGUCUUCCACAGGCUAACCUCCUGCGACGGCGACCAACGGUGGCGAUUUAGCGACGAGCAUCCGCGGCGAAGUUUUUUGAUCGACAUGGCAGUUCAAAUCUUUGGUAGCAGCAGUAGCUGGCAGAUUGGAGCAGAUGCGAGGGCAACAGAUGAUAAUGGCGAAGUUUGGUAACGAAUUUGGUGAUGGCUGAUGCUGAGCAAAUUCUCACGAUGUGAAGUAAUGAGAUCUAGCAAAAAAAAAAAAAAGAGCACUGAUGUUGCUAAUAUGAUUAUAAUAAUUAUAAAUUAUUAUUAUUAUUAUUUUUUUGAAAGUUAAAUUAUUAUUUUAUUAGAAAGUGGGGAAUAAAGGUGCCCUCACACC